GAACAUUCUUCCAGAAAAGAAGAGAAAUAGAUGGCGAAAAAGAGAAGCAUGGUCCCUUCACUGCAACAAGACUCGUCCGAGUCAUCCAACUCAGCAAGCGAGUUGCCACUCAAUGAAAACGAUUCCCAAGACAUGGUAAUUUAUGAGGUCCUCAACGAGGCCAUGGCCGUGAACAACGGCCACAGCGCCUGCCCCCGCGCUGGCCAUGCCCGAACUGCCACUGGCAUCCAGCCGAAUCGGGUCAUCGGGAAAAAGCACUUCCGUGGGGUACGCCGCCGGCCGUGGGGGAAAUUCGCAGCUGAAAUCCGAGACUCGUCAAGGCACGGCGCUCGUGUCUGGCUCGGCACGUUCGACACGGCGGAGGAGGCUGCCUUAGCCUACGACAAGGCCGCGUUCCGAAUGCGCGGAGCCAAAGCGCUCCUCAAUUUCCCGGCGGAGGUCGUGAUCGCGGCCUCGUCUGGAGGGCAGAGGUAUCAGCCAAGCACCAAUGGCUACAAUGGCCCCAGAAAUGGGCCGUCAACUACCGAUCAAUCUGGGACCAUGAAAGUAGAUGAACGGUUGGAAUCGGAAGGUAAGACUGUUUUGGAAUUGCAAGACCUGGGAUCAGAUUUCUUGGAUAAAUUGCUUAGGAUUUCUGAAUCGUAAGGAGUUCGCAUGAAAUAUGGUUAUAUGAAAGAGUUUCGUUCUUUAAGGCGUAGUGUUUUGUAUAUAAAACAGCUAGUUGUAAGGUGUGUGAUUUGAAUUAAUCAUAUUACACACCGAAGUUCUAAGCUCUUCGAUAAGGUCGGAGAGUAUAUAUUUUGAAGAUUGAAGUUGUUUUUUUAUUUA